AUGCAGUGGCUUGACUUCCUGCAUCCGGGCAACGAGUACUUACCCCUCACCUAUCCUUCGGAUCCCGAAACGCUCGAUUAUUUCAAUGAGACGUUGCCACUCUACGCCGCCAUAUUCACGGGAAAAAUUGCGGCUCGGAUGAAGGACCUCAUACUCCAGACACCGCGCAUCUUCCGAUACGUCGUCGAAGUUUGGCUUCGCGCACCGGAAUAUCUGGCUGUUGGCACAUGGUUCUUCUACCAUGAUCGCUUCUUCCUCGACCUCGACUACAUCAUGGACGCGAUGCACGGCCUGCUGUACAUGCAGUCUGAACGCUCGGAUAUAGCGACUAUCGGUCCCGUUCUGAAGGCGCAGGUCAUGGCAGCAGUCAAAUCCCGCGUUGUAGACCUAUACAAGUGCGCCAUCAACCUCUUACAGGUCUGCUUCGAUCUGGAAGACGCAGACGACUGGGUCGACCGUAUCAUCGAGCUCCACAUAUUGCUUCUGACCACCUUCGUCGACGAAAUCCCCCUGGCGCACUACCCGCGAGACCUGAUGCGCAGUAUCGUUCAGCAGGCUCUGAGAACGCGCACAGAGAAGCAGAAGUGCAACAUCUGCAACUUUGUCGGGUUCAUCUGGCACCUAGACAAGAACAGCCGCUCGAUGGCAUGGGCCAUCCGCGACAGUAUUCUACCUCUCAUCAUCGCGAACGGCAAAACCGCGGCUGGAGAGUUGACCUACGCGAUGAACAAGGUCGCUUUCAGGUCGGUCUACCUGCCUGUGGUCCGCGCGCUUGGAGCCAACGGCGGCCCUCCUGCAUUCGCCGGGCCGGCGUGGGGUAACAACGAGGCGUACUCUGUCAACUUGGACAAAGAGCUGCAGAGGCGUGUGAAGAUUGCGCGCAGUCUGCACUACGGUGUCUGCUCUUAUCCAGACUGCGGUUCCGCCAGUGGGGAGAAAGCUGUGAAGACGCGCCGCUGCGUGUGCUUCGACGCAUUCUACUGCUCGAGAGAAUGUCAGCGCGCGCAUCGUAAGGUGCAUAAGAAGAUAUGUGUAGACCGAGCCCAUCGACAGCUGGAUCCCGGGCUGCCCUUCAAAAACCCGCUUGAAGCCUUCUUCGUGAGCAAGCUCACGUUGGACCACAUUGAGCGCUCCCGCGACGAGAUCCUUGCCCGUAUCAAGAAGAGUAUGGAAGACAAUCCGCAGGCGCUCACCUGCAUCGUCGAGGUCAACCUUGCGACGCUACCUGCGCCCACGUACAAAGUCCGCGCCCUGUCGUCCUACGCGCCUGAGUUGGUGCAGAGAAUGAUGCGGCCGGACGAGGUGCUUGUUAAGGCGAGGCUGAGGGCGAUGGAUCCUGUCAUCACGGAGCUUGUGGUUUGUGUCCUUCGCCUCGCGCUAUCAGAUUUGUCUGUCCGGGCGUACUGA